AUAAAUUUCUUAUGUCAGAAAAAAAUUCGGAGCUGAACGUACUUCGGUUCUUUUUCUUCUAAAUAAUUAUCUAAAUAUUUUAUAAUGUCGGAAAAUAAGGAUGUUGCGAGGAACGACGCCGAUCCCGAAUUGGAUGACUUGUUGGACAGUGCCUUACUAGACAUGACAAAGAGACCUGAACAGGUAGCAACACCAGAGAACGUACAUCAUAACAUAUGGAGUGAGGAAUUUAUUAAGGAAGCAGCAGCACAAUUUGAAAGCAACAUGGCCUCUAUUCUUGGAGGAUUUAGUGGUGUGCCGGAGGAGCAAAUAUCACAAGAGCAAAUCACGCAGACCUUUUCAAAAAUGGCAGAAGCCGCAGCACAAGUAUUAAAACCUCCAUCAGAUGACGCCGCAACUGAACCAGAAGCCAAUGAUCCCGCAGUACAAGAAAAAAUUGACGAGGUAUCAGCAGCGAUUUCGCAAACUCUUCAGAACUUAAAUACGAAUGCGGAAAAUCUGCAGACACCAUUUUCAGAUGCAGACCUCGCGAACAUGUUCAAUAAUUUUAAUCUUGGCGAGGGAGGGAACCAGGAAGGCAACAUGUUCCUACCAUUCAUGCAAGGCAUGAUGCAAUCAUUGUUGUCCAAGGAGGUGCUCUAUCCGUCCCUUAAGGAGCUGGUCGAGAAGUACCCCACCUGGUUAGCGGAGAAUAAAGGAAAGAUAGAACAGAGUGAACUUGAGAGGUUCGAGAAACAGCAAAGUCUUAUGCAGCAAGUGUGCUCAGAACUGGAGCCCGAACAAGACACAGAUAAUGAAGACGUGAAACGAAAGCGCUUUGAGACUGUACUCAAGUUAAUGCAACAGAUGCAAGACCUAGGACAACCGCCCACAGAACUGGUUGGCGACAUAUCCGCCGCGCCAGAAGGGUUCGUGGCCCCAACCGGCCAAGACGCAUCACAAUGCACCGUCAUGUAAUGACAGACCAACAAACAUACAUGUGAAUGUACUGCGUAGUAUACAAAACGUAUAGACUAAUUGUUGCUUUACUGCGGAAAUGAGAAUAAUCAUCCAUCGUACCUCUCCUACUCUGUGACAUUUACUAAUCGGGGACCCUCUAAAUAGCUGCCCACCUCUAGUAAAAUACGGCAAUGUUAAACUAAAAUCGACCUAAUGCUCUUUUUUUUAAAUCAUACAUUCCUUACCACCGAUUUAUGUCACACACUUUCCAUUUGGUGCGAACAUGAGCUUUGAAACGAGUGCAAUUAGGUCUAUUUUACUCUUAACGUUAUAGUGUUUCAUUACCUAAAUUCCAUUGACGCUUACGAGAUGGGUGCAGGGUGUUCAAUUGAAAUGAUAACUACGCAGUGACAUUUCUUCAAUGUACUGUCAACAUUGACGCUACAAAUUAGUUACGAGUUUACCUAGCCAAUACGCCCUGAUAUAUCACUAUCAUCUGUGCAACUUACCUGCUGGGUACCGAAUGGAUAAACAAAUCAAAGUUUACUAAUAAUGUAAAGUACUACCACUUUUAUAAGCCAUUUUAACUUCUUUUCUAUUUUAUUUUUGUCAGUAAUCUCGCACCGAAUAAUAGACUAAGCAUUGUUUCUUAACGCUUAGAUUAAUACAACAACAAGAGAGUCGUGCUGUCUUGCUACCUACUAAACUUCCCCCAAUGCAUAAUCCCUAUGAAUACGCAAUCAAACAGCAGGGGCCAAACGACCAAUAGGGGAUGAAGACUUUCCUUAAGUAAAUAUGGUGUACUCUGAUUGGCUGACAUAUUUUCGUGCGUACCAAUGAGAUUACAUCGCGGCAGAUCGUCAUUAUCUCAACUGAUGAACUUGGCUUGGUAACUUGGUAUCUCAUGGCUGACCAAUGGUAUUUUGGGUAUUUUCAUGAUAGUUUAUCUAUCUUCUUUAAAUAUAUAAAUUAAUCGCUGUUCGUGAGUCUCACUUAAACUUGAGAACGUACGAACGAAAUAAUGUGGGUCUUGAAAUAUUCGUAGAAGUCUAGGUAAGGUUUAAACGAUUUGAAAAAUAUUAAAACUUGACAUACAAACGUAUAAUUCUUAUGUAUGUGUGUUUGCAACCUAACUACUCACAAACAGUUAGGGCCGGUAGGUGGUGCUGCUUAACCGGACACGAAGUCUGCAGUGCCCGUUAGUUUUAUAUAUAUUUUAAAAGUAAUGGUUAUUUGCCAUUAUGGCAAGAAAUGCUUGUUCCUAAACGUACCUUAAAAAUACUUCGUAUUCAAGGUCGUUCAUUUUAUGCACCGUAUCGACUCGAACACCGUCUUGACUCAUAUUAAAAGCAUACGAAUAUGUGCUUUACGUCUGUGUCAUAAAGCUAACUUUUCAGUAUUUUUGUGCUAUAAGUAUACUAAGAGUUGGAACACUCGUAGUCACACACUUUAAACAGGACUUUAUGUGUUAAGACUUAGUCUUAAAACAACUGUACAUAUGUACUAUGCCUUGACGAAAAGAUUUCAAACAAGUUAUUGAUAAACCUAUAUAUAGACUCUUAACUGGUUUGUACUGAAGGCUAUACACCAAAAGACGGGAUGAUUAUAAUUGUUUCUAAUUUUAUAGUAAUGAUUGCGAUCAUGUUGAAGAUUGUGUUUUUAUAUAAUGGUGAUGAAUUUGUUUAGUGAUAAUCUUUAUCAUAAUAUAUUCCGACGUUGAUAAAAAUCAGUAAUAACAGUAUUAGAGACUUUUGUGACAGACCACGUUCUGGGAACUGCCGCCAAGCAAUAUUGCUGUAUUCUGGACAGAAUAAGCACCAGUAUAAAACAAAUCAAUCAAACCUUACCGCUGUACAAAAUAUUUAUGAUUGUGAAUAUAAUCCAUUAAAGUUGUUACGAUUGUCACGGGAUAUAUGGUGAUUAAAUGUAUUUAUUAAUUAUUGUGAUGUGUAAUUUUGCUAAUGAAUCAUCUCAUUAAUUAUUAUUAUUUGAAUUAACAGGUCAAAAGGGCUCGUUUUGUUAUAAAAUCUCGCUUAUAGUUGAAUUUUGUUAUUUUUUUUAUUAUUUGGAGUAACGAAAAGUUGAAGACUUAGUGUAGUUAAUGGAUUUAUUUAUUUAUUUGAAUAUUGAGUUGUGCUUUUUAGCCUGUAAUUUCUUUUUUUUUAAGUUUUCUUAUAAACCGAUUUCAAAUAACAGUUAAGUCAAGACCAGGUAGGGUUUGCUGUAUAAAUAAAACAUUAUAAAUAUACCUAUUAAGUUUAUCAGCAAAAAUUCUUUCAUGUACGUUAUUUACAGAUCAAAGCAGAUUUUAUUUACAGUUGUAUAAAUUUCGAACGUAAUCGAAAUUUAUAGCAAUUUUACAAAAUUUUAUUUGAAUGACAAAAUUAUGUCAAAUGUUCUAUAAUUUAUGUGCCAAAGAAAUAUCAUUUAUUAUAAUAUAUUCUAUGAAACAGAUCGGUAAAUAUAAAUACUCCCAGAUAGAUAGGUACGGUACUAGUCUAUAAAAUUAUCCAGUGAGAUGUUGAUUAAUAAACGUAUUGAUGCGAGAUGGUAUCUUAUCUAUUGAUAGUUAUAUAAACAAUGUAACUCUUUUUGUACGCCGCAUUUGUAUUUUUAUUUUAUGUUUAUAUUUGCACAAAUUUUAUUUUCUUGUAUUAUAGUUUUUAUUUAACUUUAAUUGUUAUUUACGAAUGUAUUGUAGUUGUGUUGUUAUCUGAUAAUAAACUGAUAUUCAUAAGUGAACAAAGUUUCAAUUUUCAACCCCAGUCUAGAAA